GUUUCCCACAUGAAUUUGCGAUUUUUCGAGGGUCUAGAAAGACACGUGCAUGUAUUUUUCAAUCUUUAGUUAUCGUCUAUCGGUAAAUGCUUCCUGAGAGAGACAGGAGACAGGACCGAGUCAAGCAGUACGUCUUCGUAACCUCCUGUCCGAAUAUGUGCUUCUGAUAACUUCAACGAUUUUUCAACUCCGAACUGAACUGCUCUGCGACCGCUCGUAAAAUACACGGAGUGCUAGGCUCAGUGGUUUUACGUAUGCGUACACAGUGUACACUCACGUAUGUAUGUAUGUAUGUAUGUACAUACAAUCUAGAGUUUAGAUGCUAGAGUAUUUUAAAAGCGAUCAAGGUACACUUGAAUCAUUUGGGCUUCCAAGAUAAGCGGUCAUUAGAUAUCAUCGAAUUAAACAUCGAAAUUAAUUAAUUUUCAAAUGACCCAAACACUGCAGCUGGCAAAUUGUAUCUUCUGUAAAAUUAUUAGGAACGAGGAACCUGGUGAAAAAGUUUUCGAGGAUGAGGAUGUCACAUGUAUUAAAGAUAUUAAUCCAGUGUCUACACAUCAUUAUUUGAUAAUACCGAAUAAACAUAUACGCAAUGCAAAAACACUUCAACCUGAAGAUUCUGAACUUUUCGACAAGAUUGUUGCUACAGUAAAUAUUAUCUCUGAAAAGAUGAAUCUUGAUCCUGCGUCUACACGAACAGGAUUUCAUUGGCCGCCAUUUAAUACCGUUCAUCAUUUACAUUUACACGUUAUUUCACCAGUAGAGAAAAUGAGUGGUAUAAGAAAGCUGAUGUUUCCAAAUCCCAAUAACUAUUGGUUUGUGAGCACAGAUUAUGUGAAAUCUCGUUUAGAAAAUAGUAAAAAAUAGAGCAUUAUAAUUUUACUUUGUUACUUGCCUUUUUGGUACAAAUUAGGGAUUAAAAUUUUAAGCAAUUGAUCA